UGACUAAAAAGUUAUCACUAAAAGUAACAGUUUUUUGUAGUGACACAAGUUGCUCCAUGGAAGGUUGAUUCUAUGAUAAUUAUAUUAUUGACACAUUAUUAUUUUCUUUUGGGAAAUAGGUACACGUGUCACAUUUUUAUGAGACUGAACUCGUAUGUUUAAACAAAAAUUCGGACUAUAAUAGAUGAUACUUGCGCAUUAUCUUACGUAUAUUUACUCAAAAAAAUUAUGAAACUUACGUAACACAUGCAAGCAUGUGUGUUCUGUACGUUGUUGUUUUUUUAAGACAGAACCACUACUUCAAAUAAAUAUAUAUUAUAUACAUUGACUAUAUAAUUUCUCAAAGUUCCAUUCAUUUUUAUGUUAUUAUUUAUUCUGAAUAGAGACUAAAAAACACAUAGUUCUACUCAAAAAACAAUCAAAUAGAUAAUUAACCAAAUCCCAAUUUUUAAAUUUUGCUUCCACAGUAAGGAAGAAUAGAAAAAACAUUAGUCAAAUAUUUACGUACACACACGAAUUCAUUAUCAAUGUAACCAAUGAAUUAACACUGCGUGUCAAUAUUUUUUUAAGAAAAAAAUUUACGUAACAAAUAAUUACUUGGGUAAUACUCUUUUCUUCUUCUUUAACAAGUGAUCAGUCUACUACAUAUAUAAAUACCAAGUACCUAUAGUAGUAAUUGAUUAAGUAUAACAAAUACAAAUUUGACGCAGUUUAAAAGAUACUUUGAUAUUAAACUACAUAAUAUGGAAUUGGUGAGUGAAGUGAUGAUGACCUCUUACUACUUAUUAAUCAUUCUCAUCACUGUCGUUUUUUCAUUCAAGACAAAGAAACGACACUACAAAAACCUCCCACCAACCCCACCCUCUCUUCCCAUAAUUGGUCAUCUCCAUCUAGUGAAACCUCCACUCCACCGAGCCUUGCGCAAUCUCUCCACCAAAUACGGCGAUGUUUUCUCCCUUGGCUUCGGUUUUCGCCAAGUGGUCGUUGUCUCAUCGCCUUCUGUCGUUGAGGAAUGCUUCACCAAAAAUGACGUCGUUUUGGCUAAUCGUCCACAACUUCUUGCGGCGAAGCACAUAGGCUACAACUCCACCAAUAUGGUUGACACUCCCUAUGGUGAUCACUGGCGCAACCUCAGGCGAAUUGGCGCAACUGAGAUCUUCUCCUCUGGACGGCUUAACCUCUUUGUAGGGAUUAGGAGAGAUGAAGUCAAACGACUACUCUUCAAGCUCUCACACCAUAAAGAUUGGCAAAAGGUGGAGCUCAAGUCAAUGCUCCAAGAGUUGCUUUACAACAUCUUAAUGAGGAUGGUGGCCGGAAAACGAUGCGACAACAAUGACAUGGUGAAUAAAGAAGAAGCACGGCGAUAUAGAGAUACCUUGAGAGUUGCAUUAGGGCUUGCCGGAGCAGGGAACUCGGCGGACUUUUUGCCCUUUUUGAAUUGGAUCCCAAAUAGUUUUGAGAAGAAGGUGAAGAAGGUUGGGAAAAAGUUGGACUCUCUUGUAGAGGGUUUAAUCAAAGAGCAUCGGAGUAGCAGAGAUAAGAAUCGAAACACCAUUAUUGAACAUUUACUCUCUUUACAGGAGUCUCAACCAGAAUAUUACACUGCCCAAAUUAUCAAAGGCUUUGUUUUGGUAAUAUUUGCAGCAGGAAUGGAUACAUCAGCAACAUUAGAAUGGGUAAUGGCCAAUUUACUAAAUUACCCUCAUGUUCUAAAAAAAGUCAAAGAUGAGAUAGAUUCUCAAAUCGGUCAACAACAAUUAAUCAACGAAUCAGAUGUCUCCAAACUACCUUAUCUCCAGUGUGUUAUUUCUGAGACUUUACGAUUAUACCCAGCAGGUCCACUCCUUGUACCUCACUACUCCUCGAAUGAUUGUACCAUCAGUAGAUACGAUGUUCCACAUGGCACUAUUUUAUUGGUUAAUACAUGGGCAAUACAUAGAGAUCCUAAGUUAUGGAAAGAUGCUGAUAGUUUCAUCCCCGAAAGGUUUGAGAAUAUCAAUAGUGAAAAUAAUGAAGGAUACAAGCUAAUGCCAUUUGGGCUUGGAAGACGGGCUUGUCCUGGAAAAAGUUUGGCCCAACGCAUGAUGGGCUUGACAUUGGGGUCUUUGAUCCAGUGCUUUGAUUGGAAAAGAAUUGAUGAUAAUGAAAUUGACAUGGUUGAAGGUAAAGGACUUACUAUGCCUAAAGCUGUACCAUUAGAAGCCAUGUGUAAACCACGUCCCAUUAUGGAAUUUCUUCUUUGACAUUCCCAUAAUAUGUUUUUUAAAUUUGUUGAACGCUUGAAGCUUUUGUUUAUAAUAAGGUUUUUAUUAUUAAGUUAAUAAGUACGUAUGUAUUGUUAUUAUUGUGUUGCUGAAUUUAUAACUUUUAUGGUUAUUGUAGAGUUUAUUUCAAUAUUUGUAAUAUAUUGUGUUUGCAUUAAUAAAAAACUUAUAUUGGAAAAUUCUGUACACACUUAA